AGAGCCAAGUUGCUGCUUGUUACCAGAUCUGAACGUGACGCGUUGCUGCCAGUCCGUUCCAGUGCCAUUUUCGGCACUUGUUGAAUGAUAAAACAAUCAACAAAUGACAAGUUAUUGAGAUAUUAAAACGACCCGGAUAGAGAGAAAUUAACGACCGUCAAAAUGCAGUCCAUCAACGCCGAUGAGCUGCCGCCGAAUCCGCGCGAGAAAUCGAAUCCGUUGUCAUCGCUUAUGUUUUGCUAUACGAUGCCCACAUUUUUCAAAGGACGUAAAAAGACAUUGGACGAAGGCGAUCUCUAUAAAGCUCUAAAAGAGCAUAAGUCCGAUACUCUUGGCAAGAAACUCAGCGAUGCCUGGGAGAAGGAGGUGGAGCAAAAGCGCAAGAAGAAAAAAACUCCCAGCCUGUUUAAGGUCACAAUGAGCGUCUUUGGCUGGAACUUUGGUAUCCUGGGCUUCGUUUUAUUUAUUCUGGAAAUGGGCUUCCGCGUCACACAGCCUUUAUGUUUGGGCGGUCUGGUAUCCUUCUAUGCCGAUCAGAGCAAUCAGGACAGCGAUGACCGGAGUACGGCAUAUCUAUAUGCCGGCGGCGUGAUCUUGUGCAGUGCUUUCAACGUUUUAUUCAUGCAUCCAUACAUGCUGGGCAUGUUCCACACGGGCAUGAAGGUGCGCGUUGCAAUGUGCAGCAUGAUUUAUCGAAAGGCGUUGCGUCUGAGUCGAACUGCGCUGGGAGACACGACAAUUGGCCAGGUGGUUAAUCUUAUAUCGAACGAUGUGGGACGUCUCGAUGUCUCCGUUAUUCACAUGCAUUAUUUAUGGCUGGGACCUGUGGAGAUUGGAGUGGUCACUUGGCUCAUGUACAGAGAGAUUGGCGUCUCGGCGUUCUUUGGGGUGGCUGUGAUGUUGCUGUUCAUUCCACUGCAGGCAUAUCUGGGCAAGAAGACAUCGGUGCUGCGUCUGAAGACGGCAUUGCGUACGGAUGAGCGUGUUCGCAUGAUGAAUGAGAUCAUAUCGGGCAUUCAGGUGAUCAAGAUGUACGCCUGGGAGAUACCUUUCAGCAAGAUGAUCAACUAUGUGCGCGGCAAGGAAAUGAAUGCCAUUCGAAAAGUGAACUACAUUCGUGGAACUCUCCAAAGUUUCAUCAUGUACGUGACCCGAAUUUCCGUAUUUGUCAGUUUGGUGGGCUUUGUCCUACUGGGCCAACUGUUGACCGCCGAAAAGGCCUUUGUGAUAACCGCCUUCUACAAUAUUCUGCGAAACACGAUGACAAUUUAUUUCCCCAUGGGUAUUUCACAGUUUGCUGAAUUGCUCGUUUCCAUAGGUCGCAUUCAAAAGUUUAUGUUGCACGAGGAGACGAAAGUGCGCGAUAAAUCCAAUGAUGUCGAUGAACAGAAGCUGGGCAAAAAGGCGCCGGGUAGCCUAGUACAGGAGCCAGUAGCCACAAGCACCGGAGUACUCAAGCCAAGCAGUCGUCGUCCAAGCGAGGCGGAGAGCAGCGUCAACAUCAGCAAGAUGAAGGCCAAGUGGGACUCCAAGGCCAAUGAAUACACUUUGGAUAACAUUAAUUUGAAGUUUAAGCCAAGACAGCUGGUGGCUGUUAUUGGACCAGUCGGCUCUGGCAAAUCCAGUCUGAUUCAAACCAUUCUUGGCGAAUUACCACCUGAAUCUGGCACAGUCAAGGUCAACGGCAGCGUGUCGUAUGCCUCACAAGAGCCAUGGCUCUUCACCGGCACAGUGCGUCAGAAUAUAUUGUUUGGCCUGCCCAUGGACAAGAGUCGCUAUCGCCAGGUGGUGAAGAAGUGCGCUCUGGAACGUGACUUUGAGCUGCUGCCCUACGGCGACAAGACGAUUGUGGGAGAGCGUGGUGCAUCCUUGUCCGGUGGCCAGAAGGCGCGUAUCAGUCUGGCACGUGCUGUGUACCGUAAGGCGGACAUCUACCUGUUGGACGAUCCUCUCAGCGCUGUGGACACACAUGUGGGACGUCAUCUAUUCGAUCAGUGCAUGCGAGGUUAUUUGCGGGAUGAGAUUGUGCUGUUGGUCACGCAUCAGCUGCAGUUUCUGGAACAGGCAGAUCUUAUUGUUAUUUUGGACAAGGGAAAGAUCAGUGCUAAGGGCACCUACGAGUCCAUGUGCAAGAGCGGCCUGGACUUUGCCCAAAUGUUAACGGAUCCCAGCAAAAAGGAUGAGGGCGCCGGAGAUGCUCCCGAAAAGCGCAAACUGUCGCAGGCAAGCGGCAAGCUGCGCAGUCGCCAAAACAGUGUCUCGUCAAUGGAAUCAGGAGCCGAUUCGGUGGUUAUGGAGUCACCUAUGCAGGUGCAGGAGAACCGCACCGAGGGACGUAUUGGUAUGGGUCUCUACAAGAAAUACUUUGCUGCCAACGGUUAUUUCCUGUUUGUUGUGUUUGCUUUCUUCUGCAUUGGCGCCCAGGUUCUGGGCUCUGGAGGCGACAUGUUCCUGUCCUACUGGGUAAAUAAGAACGGAGAUAUUGAUACGGAAUCGGAUACAUUUAUAUCACGUCUGCGUCGCUCGUUUACGCCAAGGAUUAACAGUGACACUGAUCCCAUCGAUAUUUAUUACUUUACGGCCAUCAACAUUCUGGUCAUUGUGUUCUCCUUGGUGCGCAGUGUGCUCUUCUUCCAUUUGGCCGCCAAGAGCUCGACGACGCUUCACAAUAGGAUGUUCCAGGGUGUAACGCGAGCGGCAAUGAAUUUCUUUAACACAAAUCCAUCUGGUCGCAUUCUCAAUCGUUUCUCCAAGGAUCUGGGUCAAGUGGAUGAGAUCCUGCCUUCGGUGAUGAUGGAUGUCAUGCAGAUCUUUCUCUGCAUUCUUGGCAUCAUUGUGGUCCUUUGUAUUGUCAAUAUCUGGUAUCUGUUGGUCACCUUCAUCCUGGUCUGUAUCUUCUAUCUGCUGCGUUCCUUUUAUCUGACCACCUCGCGCGAUGUCAAGCGGUUGGAAGCCAUAACACGCUCGCCCAUUUACUCCCAUUUGAGUGCAUCGCUGAAUGGUCUGCCCACGAUUCGUGCCUUUGGAGCGCAGAAGGAGCUCAUUGCCGAGUUCGAUAACUUCCAGGAUCUGCACAGCUCGGGCUUUUACAUGUUCCUGGCAACCAGUCGUGCCUUUGGCUAUUGGCUAGAUUUGGUCUGUGUUCUUUACAUUGCGAUCGUUACACUCAGCUUCUUCCUGUUCUCUCCGGAGAAUGGCGGCGAUGUCGGCUUGGCUAUCACACAGGCUAUGGGCAUGACUGGCAUGGUGCAGUGGGGAAUGCGUCAGUCGGCGGAGUUGGAGAAUACUAUGACGUCUGUGGAGCGAGUAGCUGAGUACGAGGAUCUGGAGCCCGAGGGCGACUUCGAUUCGAAGCCCAAUAAGAAGCCACCAAAGGACUGGCCCGAUGAGGGAAAGAUUGUGUUUGAUGAUCUUAGCUUGCGCUACUUCCCCGAUAAGGAUGCAGAUUAUGUGCUUCGCUCGUUGACCUUUGACAUUCAGGCAUGCGAAAAGAUUGGAAUCGUUGGACGCACUGGCGCCGGCAAAUCCUCACUGAUUAAUGCCCUGUUCCGAUUGUCGUAUAAUGAAGGAUCAAUCCUCAUCGAUCGCCGCAACACCAGCGACUUGGGUCUUCACGAUUUGCGCAGCAAGAUCUCAAUUAUUCCACAGGAGCCGGUGCUAUUCUCGGGCACAAUGCGUUACAAUCUGGAUCCGUUUGAUGAGUACUCUGAUGCAAAGCUUUGGGAGUCCCUGGAGGAGGUCAAGCUCAAAGAAGUGGUGGCCGAUCUGGCUGGCGGAUUGUCGAGCAAGAUUUCAGAAGGCGGCACCAACUUUAGUGUGGGUCAACGACAACUUGUGUGCUUGGCGCGUGCCAUUUUGCGGGAGAAUCGAAUUCUAGUGAUGGAUGAAGCCACUGCCAACGUAGAUCCACAAACGGACGCGCUCAUUCAGAAUACGAUUAGGAAUAAGUUUAAGGAUUGCACGGUGCUCACAAUUGCCCAUCGGCUGCACACAGUCAUGGAUUCGGAUAAGGUUCUCGUUAUGGAUGCCGGACGUGCUGUUGAGUUUGGAUCGCCAUUUGAAUUGCUAACGGUCAGCGAGAAGAAGGUAUUCCACGGCAUGGUCAAGCAGACCGGCGACUCGACAUUUGAUGUGCUGCUAAAGGUCGCACAGAAGGCGCAUGAGGACAAUCUGCGGGCGAAGAAAGAUUCUUGACACUUUGCCGUUCCGAAGGCAUUCAAAGACUACAUACUUAAGAUACUGGAACCAAUUACGAACCACCCGGCGGCCAAUGCACGCAUCCAAAAGACCUUCCUAUUUGCGGAGGCCUCCAAGCAAAAAUUAUUAGGGUAGCAAAAUCAGAAACACUAAUGCAACCACACACAACAACAAAAAUAACAACUAGAAAGUCAGCUAAGAAUUUUUAUAACACACGUGUACAAACUAAAUGUUAGAUGAUUUGAUUAUAGAAUUGUAGAUUCGUGGAUGACAAUAAGCUAAAGAUUGAGAGUGCUAAUCAAGUGACAACUCUGCCUGACCUUUAAAAGGUUGGUUGCAUUCCAAGUGUAUUAAAUGUGUUCCGUAACGACAAUAACGAUUACAAAACAAAACAAAAAAGAAAAAAAAAA